UGUAUAUAUACGCAUCUAUCACCAUUGGUAUUUCUAAAGAGUAUACUCCUUCCUCACCUCUCUCCUUUGAAGAAGAAGAGAGAAGUAACAAAUAUGCCUUGUUCACUUCAGCUUCAGAGGAUCAACCCCACCACCACCACCACUCUCGCCGGAAACUUCCACAAACAGCCUCAGCCAACAUGGAUUAUCCCGGUGGCUUUCUCUGUUCCUGACAACCACUUACAUUACCACACCCACGCUGUAAGCCCCAAUCAGUGCUGCUCCACCGUGGUACAGACCAUCUCCGCCCCAAUCGACGACGUGUGGUCCCUAGUCCGCCGCUUCGACAAUCCGCAAGCGUAUAAGCAUUUCCUCAAGAGCUGCCACGUCAUUGUAGGAGACGGAAACGUCGGCACAUUGAGGGAGGUUCGCGUAAUUUCCGGCCUUCCUGCCGCUUCUAGCACGGAGAGAUUGGAAAUCUUAGACGAUGAGGAACACGUCAUCAGUUUCAGCGUCGUCGGGGGAGAUCACAGGCUGAACAAUUACCGGUCGGUGACUACGCUGCAUCCAGCAGAUGAUGAUAAGGGAACGGUGGUAGUGGAAUCGUACGUAGUGGAUAUUCCUGCAGGGAAUACAAAGGAAGAAACGUGUGUAUUCGUUGAUACCAUUGUACGUUGCAAUUUGCAGUCACUUGCACAAAUCGCUGAGAACAUGCCUACAACCAACUUGUAAUCAUUGUGACUAUUUAAUUAGAUUAAUUUUGUAUAUUUCCAAAAGAACUCCUGAUUUCUUUUUUUCCCUUUUUCUUUUCGGGAGUGAUAGGAUCGAUGAACUUUUUGCUUGGGAGGUUACCUCAAUUCAUUUCUUAGCGACGAAAGUCUCUAAUUUCGGUGAAUGUUACUUUCUAAAAAUUUUCUUUCACAAUAAUAUUCUAGAUGUAAUGUUAAAUUAAAUUAUGUGUGCCCACUGUUGCUAUAAUUUAUGUAACAUAUUGAGUAGAUUACGGAGAUGCUUUGACACAUUA